AUGUUGAAAACGACUCUGUCUAAAAUUAAAAGGGUAUGUAGCAUAGCCUUCAUACCUCGUAUUUUACAAGGAGACAUAAAGUAUGCAGUUCAGAAGAAAUUUAUAAAACAUUCAGUGAUAUCACCAAGUGCUACAAAAACUACGAGCAGUGCCAAUCGCUCGCACAGUACUAACAGUGACAAAGGCUCAGAUGGAAUAACGGAGGAAAAUCUUCAAAAAUGCGUCGAAGAAAACCUCGAAGAGGAACGUGAAAAAUGCAAGACUAUUAUAAGCAAAAUAUUUCCUCCCGGAGAUCCACUUUACGCAACCUUCGAUAACAACAACGAAGAACUUACACAGAAGGUGGAAAAUCUAACAGAGGCUGCCCUAGUUGAACCACCUCCAAAGCUAGAUGACCAUGGGAGACCCAAAGUAUUGGGGCAGCAAGAAGAAAUGACAUCCAAUCAAUACUACACGCCUGAACCAGAAAAUUACGACGCGAAAUACGACGAUCUUGCAAAUCGCUGCCUCACAACACCGCCUAGUAAAGUAGAUGAGCGCAUUUUAAAAGAACUAGGUGUGAAUAUACCAAACUACUUUAAUGAUUCCCCCAGAAGACCGACUGAAAGUUACUACAGCAGAGUGUUAUAUGGCCAAACUAAUUCAAUGACGCACAACAGAAAUAAGGACGCGAACAAAACUGCCGUGCAAAAUGUAGAUUUUAGCAAUCUUGACGUCAUCAACAUUGCUAAAGCAGAGUUGAUCCAACCGUUGAUAUUUGACUCCGUGUCGUUGUGCGAGUGCUUUGAAAAGAACGGCGAGGCAUGCAGUUAUAAUAUCGAUAAAAAUCUGCACCCAGCAAUGAACCCUUAUGAAUACAGUAUGUUCCCAUUCAAUGAUUAUGGCUUUGAGGAGCUCAUUGAAAAACUCGGAGAGGAAGAAGAAAGUAUGAUGGUGACAACUGGGGUCGAUGAUAAAAUGGGAAAUAAUUCGGUUAUGCCACCGGCGGAAAUGGAAAUUGAAAAAGAUCAAACUCCCCAAGAUGUUAAGGAAAAACUGAAGGGCGCUGUGACGGGGUUAGGUAUACCAAGUGAACCGACUAUGGAACCUCUCCAACCCAUAUCAAAUAUGUCUGAAACGAUAGGCGAUGCGUUCGUUUAUACAAAGUCAUCUUCAGGACCUCCAACUGAUUGGUUAAGCAAAAUGCACCGCCGACCUGAAAAACACGUGAAACCAAAUACAGCUAUUUCAUCUAAAAAUAAAAAGGAGAAACAGCAGGUUCCCACGAACUCCUCUAUUUCGGAAAAUCAAAAUCCAAACGAUAUAGCGAAAAUGACGCAGGGGGAGAAAUAUGUUAACGAGAGACCGGAUGUUACAAGCCAACCGGAUUACAAUAACUUACAAUACGCGACCAAUUCUGAAACGUGUCAUUGGGGAUACCCGUAUUUUACUCAGGAUACUUCAAAAGCGCCUCCUUUGGAAAGUGCCUCGAACCUAUACAUACAAGAGCCAACAGAUAACGCGUCAGCUUCAGCGUCAGCAAGCGCUCCAAGUUUCGAUAAACAACCAGAUUUAACCAAUCAUAAAUCGGAAAAUCAACAAUAUUUUGACAACGCUACGUUUUUUCAGGCACAAGACAAUUAUAAUAAGUGUUAUCAAAAUAUGCCUGCGGGUAAACAGAGCAUCGAACAAGCGGAAGUAAUAGAAAAGUCUUCGUUGCCAAAAACGCAGAAAUCCGAAAAUAUUUCAGGAUCUGUUCAAUAUUCUCACCAGACAAAAGUAUCUGAUAAGUUAGCUGACGCGUCAAUUAAUAUACAAGAUAUAGCCAAAAAUCCUGCGGUAGAAAAUACGUUUAUUAAAACACAGAAAGUAGACAAAGAACCAUCAUUCCAUCAGACACCUGUAACACAGGAGACUCAAAAUGUGUAUACAUAUCAACCGCACACACAAGAUAGUACAAAAGAUAUAAUUCAUGAAAAGACACCAGUUUCCUACAUCCAAGAAGGUAAUGAAGGACCAAAUCACCAACAAAAUUUAACCUUUCAGAAACCAGGACAAAAGGUUCCACUUUUAGAUAAAUUCCAGGUCCGACCGACUGAAGAACAGUCAAAUAAACCAUUAGUUACUGAUCAUCCAGAAACUGAGCACCCAAAAAUUACUCCCAAUGUGCAUAUAAAACCAGAAACACUAAAGCCAAAUAUGGAAGGUAAUAUAACAGCCACUGGACCCAUACCGGACUUGAUGACAGAAGACACUGUAACACUUAAAGAGCUGCUGCGGAGAAUUCGGGAACGCCAUCGCCAAGAGCUCUGCCGCGACUAUUACAACCAGAUAGCCCAGAUGUCUGCCGAAACAAGCACAAAAUCUAAUACGCUCGGACCCAAUCCCUGCAAAACCCCCGGUAAAGAAAAGCCACCACAGUGUCCGCCCCCACCCAAAUGCCCUCCCACAACCCAAAAGGACCCGUGCGCCCCCAAAAAGGAUCCAUGUGCCCCCAAAAAGGAUCCGUGUGGAGGUUCCAGCAAGAAGAACCCAUGUGCAAAGUUCUCGCUGAUAGGGGAAAAGAUCCACGAUAGUCUUCGCCUAUUAAGAUUGUAUUGUCUGUCGGACUGUGUAACGGUCCAGUAUCAACCCACCAGGCAAUAUUCUCAGGCACUGUCGGCAAAAUCUGUACCAAUUCAUACCUUGGUAAAAGAGGCGUUUAACGAAACUCAUGGGCAUGAUAUAAUUUUGGCUAGAGACUAUGAACCCUGGACUCCGAUACCGUCUUGGCCGCUCCCGAAGAAGGAGAAAGAGAGACCCUUCGUGUGCCCAAAAGAGGGAUGCAAGCCCCUUCCGCCGGCGCCUUUCAAACCGGCCUUCAAAGAUAAGCCCUGCGUCACGUUUCCAAAGAAAACAUUUUCAUUUUCUGAUUUUUUUGAACAGCCUGUAACGAGUACCCGAGAAUAA